AUGAAGUUCACUCUCGCUGCCGUCCUCCUCGGCGCCCUCUCCGUCUCUGCGCAGACGUCCACCAAGUGCAACCCGCUGAAGCAGAACUUCGACUUCACCCACGAGUCUCCUCGCUUCCAUGCCAGCGGAGGCGCUCCAACCUACGGCAAAGACGGCGUGAGCCUGACCAUAGGCAAGCGUUUCGAUGCCCCCAAGCUCACCUCAGACUUCUACAUCAUGUUCGGACACGUCGAGUGGGUGAUCAGGGCUGCUCCGGGCAAGGGAAUCGUCUCCUCUGCCGUCUUGCUGUCUGACGACCUUGACGAGAUCGACUGGGAGUUCCUCGGCGGAGACAACGCUCGCGUGCAGAGCAACUUCUUUGGCAAGGGAAACACCGAGACCUACGACCGUGUUGGCUUCCAUGAUGCUCCAAACAACAAUGGACAGUUCCAUUCCUAUGCCGUUGACUGGACUGCUACCAAGACCACCUGGUAUAUCGACGGAAAGCCUGUUCGGGACCUUACCCCUGAGACCUCCAAGAACCAGUAUCCCCAGACACCUAUGCGAGUCCUUGCCGGCAGCUGGGCUGGCGGUGACCCUUCCAACAACAAGGGAACCAUCGAAUGGGCUGGUGGUGAGACGGACUUCGGUCAGGUCCCUUUCACCAUGUUCGUCAAGUCAAUCAAGGUGACGGACUAUUCCACCGGCAAGGAGUACCGCUACACCGACAUGUCUGGCAAGUGGGAAUCUAUCGAGGCUGUUGGCGGUAAAGUCAACGGCCAAGGCAAGCCCGGCGAAGGCCCCAAGGUAGAGUCCUCCACACAAGAGUCCAGCCCAAGCACCAGUGCCCCUGCACCUGUUCCCACUGUUCCUGGAGGCGGCAUCGGAAACCCCCAAGCACCCACUACCGGAUCCUCUCCCUCUCAAACUAAAGGACCUUCCCCAACGAUGACUUCACUCUUAGGGCUCCCCAGCAGUUGGAUCGUAACCGAAACUGGAACUGGGGGAGUCGUUACGCCGACUUCGGCUGCUGAAACCUCUCAUCCUUCCGAUCACACCUCCCGGUCUUCUCAACCUGUCUCGUCCUCGGCUUCGGUCUCCUCUGGUAAUGGCCACGGACAUGAAAUGACUACCUCGUCCGGUUCUGGUAGCACCAACACUGGCUCCGUCCCCUUGCCCACUGGAAUGCCUACGGCAUCCGGUGGUGGCAGCAGUGCAUCUCCAACCAGCCCAGCCAUGCAAGCUCCUGGCAGUGCCGGCGCAGUUAACUCCGUUAGCCGCACCCUGGCCAUCGCCUUGUGUGCCAUGGCGGUCUGGGCAGCUCUCUAA